CAGUGGCGUGUGCGUCGUCGUCGGUUCGGUUGUGAACUCUUUUCUCUCUCCUCUCUCCCUCGCACAGCCGCCGCGUAGAGACGGGAAAGCGCCGGUCGACGGGCGACGAAGAAGCGAACGUCGGAAGUGCACGGGACCGAUCCAGCGGCACAGCAGUUGCCUCGGUGAAGUCGGGCCGUUCAGACGCUCGUCCAUUACAGCGAAACUUGAGAUAUCUUUUUCUUUUUUUUUGAUUAUUUUCCUUGGCUUACUCGUUUACCUGACUUGUUUGAUCAAGAAAAACAAAAGAGCUGGGGAGUCGAGUGACGCAGAAAAGAGUUUGCCUCUCUCUCUCUUUCUCUCUCUCCUUCUUCAAUGCCAAUCGCAAACAGUUGGGAAAUACGCGUGAAAAGAACUCUGCCCGCGCUCGCUCACGCAGUGCCGAGAUGUGCAAGUGACAGUUUGAUUUUCGUCAGUGGUGGUGGGUAGCAGCAGUGGGUGCUGGUCUUUUUUUUUUUUAUUUCUUAUUAUUUACUUCAUCCAGCGCGUGCCACGGUGAUUUUAUACACGGGAACCGGGGGAGAAAAGUCAGUUCUCUCGCCUCUGUGGUUCAGACAGUCCGUCGUGGAAAGCCGCGGUGCUUUUGAUUAAAAAGGAGAACAUGAUCCGCCGAUGGUGUUUUUGAUUCAGACGGCGGCGGAGAUGAUGAUGAUGAUGACGAUGAUGAUGAUGAUGAAACUUUGCAACGCCAGCAGUUGCGACCGUCACGGGUUGAUGUCGGAUUAGUGGGUCCGCCUUCAUCAUCGACCAGCAUCCGGCACCUCAAGAGACCCCUCGGUCGUACUUUUCCGGGCAGCCAACACGACGAUAACUCAACUAGCGGAGUUUUUGACUUGGCAGUGCGACGUCAGCUGAGGCAAACAAAACGAUAUAGAUAUUGCCGCCGCUCUUGUGUGUGCGACUCGUGCGGGAUCCCGUUGUGCACACAAUCGCAGAGACAACAAUCAAAGGGCUGCGGCUGCUCACGUCGCCAGCCCCCCUCCUUUUCCCCUCUUCCACGAAUAUCUGGCUGUAUAGAUAAUAAUGACCUGUUCGCACAACAAGCUCCUAUUGAUGGAGCUGCUCUUUUUCUCCGUGUUGUGGCCCAUCCUGCUGGUAAUGCUGUUCGCCAGCCGCCCGUCUGCAGCUCAAGGACUGGCCAGCAAAUCAAAUGUUCCUCUGCGGAAUCUGGUCGUGCUAGCCAACAGUACGGCAGAGCUGCCCUGUGACACGGCUCCUCCUGACCGGCACGACGAGGUCAUCUUGGUUCUCUGGUUCCGAGAAAAUGUCGGGACACCCAUUUUCAGUGCGGAUGCUCGAGAAGUUGCGUUAUCACAAGCUGGUGUCUGGUUCGACGAGGACAUCCUGAAGAAAAGGGCCACCUUCCGGGGACGCGUGAGCGAGCCGUCCAUCCUGGCCAUCGGCAACAUCAGUUUAACCGACCAGUCCGUCUACCGGUGUCGAGUCGACUUUCGCGAAGCCAAAUCACGCAACUCCCGCAUCAAUCUGACAGUCAUUGAACCGCCCAAAUCGUUGACUGUCACUGCAGAGUUUGGGCAGCAACGCGUCUCUACAGUGGUGGGGCCCUUCCGGAUCGGCGACCGCCCCAAGUUCACUUGCACCGUCGAAGGAGGCUUGCCCAUUCCAGUCAUUACUUGGCGCCGCAAUCGCGUCACGGUGACUGGCCAGAUGGAAACUAGUGAACCGGACAAAAUUCGCAGCACUCUUCUUCUUCCCCCGCUUAAGCGCUCUGAUUGGCCCAUGACGUUGAGCUGCUCGGCGUCCAAUUCGGAGCGGGGCCGGCCGCUAGAACAAUCCUUUGACGUCGAUAUGGAACUUCCACCGCUGUCGGUGUCUAUAGUGGUCGGAGAGCGGAAUCCAGCAGUGGGGAAACCAUUUUCCUUGCCAUGUCACGUCUCCGGUUCCCGACCCAUCCCCAAAAUUACGUGGUGGAGAAACGACGUGCUAUUGGAUCCUUCUGCUCACAACCAGACCCUAUCGAUCAACGGGAGCGUGGCCGUUAGCGUAUUGGACCUUUCACUGGACAAGACAGAGAUGAACAGCCGGAUCACAUGCCGUGCCGUCAACCCUUACUUGGAUUCUACCGUCAUGGAGGACACCUGGAACGUCAAUUUAAGCUAUCCACCCAACGUGAGCCUAGCCAUGGGACGAUCAUUGAAUGCCGAGGGAAUCAAAGCCGGUGAUGACGUCUACUUCGACUGUCACGUAGAUGCCCGCCCGCCUGCCAACCGCAUCGAAUGGAGGAGAGAUGGCAUCAAACUAGUCCACAACACAUCGGCCAAUGUCAUCAUUACCAAUCAAAGUCUCGUCUUGCAGAAUGUCGGCCGCUCCAUGGCUGGAAACAUUUCGUGUCACGCAUCCAACGUCGAGGGCCAGGCGGAGAGUCAGAGCAUUUUCCUCGACGUCAAGUAUGCGCCUGUGUGCAAGCCGGGAUUGACGCGCUACUUCGGCGUGUCUCGGGCCGAGAACGUUGAAAUCGUCUGCCAAGUGGAAGCCAAUCCGAGCACGGAACUCGGCUACAAAUGGUUCUUCAACAAUUCGGCAGAAACCAUCGAAGUCCCCCGCAGUCGCUACAACAACAGCAGCCCAUCAGGGGCCAGUAUACUCACCUACAAACCGCUGGCUUCGCUCGACUACGGCACGCUCCUCUGCUUCGCCACGAACGCGGCCGGCAGUCAAAACGAGCCGUGCGUCUUCCACAUUCUGACGGCAGGUCCACCCGAGCCGGUCUUCAACUGCACCGUUUCCAACCACUCCAGCGAUGCGUUCCUGAUCGCCUGCCAGCCGGGUUUUCACGGUGGACUGCCGCAGAAUUUCUCGCUCCACUUCUUCGAGGAGAGCAACUCGUCAGGUCGACUCGUCAUCCACCAGAUUUUCGCCGAACCCAUCUUCCUCCUGUCAAGUCUCAAGACGAACAUGCGCUACAAGGCUUCCAUUGCUUCCAUCAACGCCAAAGGCAAGAGCGACGAUGUCAUUGUCGAAAUAUCUACCCAGAAAGAGCCGGAGAGACAGCUGGAGGUCAAACCAGGCAAGUCGACAGAACCACGCCCAAGUAAUUCAAUCCUGACUCCAACGCUGGGGAUCCUCAGUGGGGUGGUAUUGUUGCUGUGCAUCGCUGGCAUCGUCGUUGUCGUCUUCCUGCGACGUCAGUGCAUCCGAGAAGCCCAGGCGGCGGCCAACAAUGACGGGAUUGGCAAUGCAUCCAACGGCGGACUAAUCCGCACUUCCGAGUCGACCCUCAACCAAACAAAUGGAACAGCGGGCGGUGCUUCGACCAUCUCGAAGGCGGCGAGAGGCGGAGGUGUGAAUCCCCGAUCGCAAUCGCUCAAACCCCUGAUGGAUAGCGUAGACUGCAAUCUAGACGCCGGCGGAGGUGGUCCCAUGUUCGUGUCCAGGAUUGAGCCCGACCACUGGAAGAACCAAAUGUUUUGUCACACCGGAUUGACGCAACUCGGCUGGCCAGUUGGCGAACCUCCACCGUCUGCUCACUCGCCAUCGCUGCCUCCUCCCCCGCCUCCGCCGAACAUGAUGAUGACGCAUCAGCAGUCGAUUGAAGCCGGACUCAUCACACCUCCGUACACGACAGAUAGUUCUCUAGAUUUACGUAGUCCUGAUAUUAUUCCUCCUCCAAUUAUCGGGUCGUGCGAUUUUGGACCGGCCACCCUACCACGGUCGUACAAAGGCUUCGGCAUGGGAUCCUCUUCGACACUUGCUGGAACGGCAGCAGCGACGGAAACGAAAAAACCGCACGUCACGUGGAGCGACACGAUGCCCAAAGCCUUUCGCCAAUCGCACGAUUUCCUUCGAAGGGAGACGUCAAGUAGUUCAGCCGCGGCCAACAAGCGUGAAAGUGUCGUGUGAAACUGAAAAGGAAGAAAAGAUAUGACACUUAUUCACACAAAAAAUUUUUAAAAAAGUUUUUUUUUUCAUCUCUCUCGUUCUGUGUCCCAUUUCAUUUCGACUUCUCGUGAACACUCGAGUUUGAUAACAUCCAACCGUCUUCUUACCCCCCCCCCCCCCACUCAACAUCUCACCUCUCAGCGUCUUCACGUCAUUCCCUGCUAUACUACAAAGUCCGAGUUUGACAUUUGGCUCCAGUCGAUCCCCUCAAUACGAAAUGUCGACCCCCCGAGGAAAAUGAUGACGUCAGGUGGUGGCCAAUGUAUCGACAAACUUCUCAGUGGACGUAUCGCAUUGCUCUCGAGAGGGGUGUGUACACGAAACAUACAUCUGGCUAAAAUAAAAUAAAUACAACAAAAAAUUGAAAGUUGUCAAACAUUCUGAUCUCUUUAUAUGAUUUCUCUUGUAACUAUUUCAAUAUAACGUAUGUAACAACAUUAAAAAAAUAAGUAUACAUAUAGCAUAUAUCACAAGAACAACAAAAGUGUUUUGCACCAAAGUCGAGUCCACAUAAGCCCACAUGUUUGUUUUUUCCCUUCUAAGUGACAAUGAAUGUGAAAAGCCAGUGGAUCUCGUCAAAUAACAAAAAGAUGAGCGCCGUACGGACGAAGAAAAAAGAAAUUCCAAAAAGAACCUUUCCAUAAUUUCAUUUUUAUUAUUGAAUAUCGUCGUGUCAAGUGAAUGUGACCACUGUGUUAUUCCGAUGGUAAAAUAACAGUAUAUAUAUUAUAUCGAUUUUUUACUUUCAAUCCUCUUUGUUCAUUAUUGUUUUCUUUUUCCUUGUGUAAUACGGACUGUACGACGAUUGUGCGAGCUUGUACAUAAAUACAUCAUGUUCAAUCCUCAA